AUGGAAGAGGAAUGGAUUAAGGUGAACGAUGUAGGUUGUAAUACUGGAGAAUUAACAAAACAAUUAUAUACUUAUUUAUCCACAAUAUAUAGUAAUGCAAAAAUUAAAAUGCUAGCUAUUGACAUUGACCCAACCUUGAUUAAAAGAGCUCAAGAACACAAUAAUGACUGUAAUAUCUUAUUCACUCCAUGUGAUAUCACUACAGAUGAAGGACAUAAAUUAAUAACAGAAUUUAUAAAAAUUCAUAACAAAGAUAUAUUGGAUAUAAUUUUUUGUUUUUCUGUUACAAUGUGGAUACACAUUAACAAUGGAGAUCAGGGAUUAGCACAAGUUUUAAAAUUUAUCAAAGAAAAUUCAAGAACAAUUAUCAUAGAACCACAACCCUGGAAAUGUUACAAAAAUGCUCAAAGGAGAAUGAGAAGAUCAGUAUUUGCUCAACGUAGUACUUUUUAUUCUUUUUUUCUACGCAAGAUAAUCAACAAAGAAAAAUUAAUUAAGGACUUGUUGUCACCAUGGCUAAGUAUAUGCAAAACCGCUUUAAUCAGAGACCCAUUCAAAAUACAUCAUGGAACCAACACAAUAUGUGGCGACAAAGACAUAAUUUGCAUAACAGACAUUUUACUAGACCUGUAUGGACAUCUCCAUUAUUGGAAUUUGACUAUAAAUAUUGGUGUGAAACAUGUGACAAAGGCUUUAGAACACCAGCUCAUCUUGAAUACCAUAGGAGUUUGCAUCAGAAAUGUAAUAUUGAUGGAUGCCAAUUUG